AGAAAAGUAAAUUUAGUAUUACUAUUACGUAGAAACAUACACGAUUAACAGCUAGGGAAUUGAAGGAUUAUUGGGGCCCAGUAAGAGAUGGGUCCCCCGGGAAUUAGAGUACCCAUAGCAUUGAUUCACCGGCUCCGGCGCGGCAGAAGCGGUGGCAAAAGCGGAGGAAAUGAUGAGUCCCACAAGACGUCGGCGGAGGGGUCCAGCCACAAGAAGUCGUCGGAAGGGUCCAGCCACAAGAAAUCGUCGGAGGGGUCCAGCCACAAGAAGUCGGAGGGGUCCGGCCACUGCCGCAGCGGCUCAGCCGGCAACAAGGUGGAGAUGGACAGCCUCCUAGGCCUUCUCAAAGUUCGGAUCAAACGAGGUAUUAACCUGGCCGUGCGCGAUGCUCGCAGUAGCGAUCCUUACGUUAUUGUCAAGAUGGGUAAACAGAAGCUGAGGACUCAUGUUUUGAAGAGGGAUGUGAAUCCUGAGUGGAAUGAAGACCUGACCCUUUAUGUUUCAGAUCCCAGUCUUCCCAUUAAAGUGACUGUGUAUGAUCAUGAUACAUUUAGCAAGGACGACAAAAUGGGAUAUGCAGAAAUCGAUAUCAAGCAUUUACUAGAGGCCCUGAAGAUGGAUAAUCAUAAUAACAGUGAUGAGGAGAGAAUAGUUGCAAGAGUUCCACCGGGGAGAUCAAACUGCCUGGCUGCAGAAUCCUGCGUGGUUAUCAAAGACGGGAAGGUCACACAGGAUAUGUGUCUCAGAUUGAAGAACGUCGAGAGUGGUGAGGUUGAUAUCCAAAUCCAGUGGAUUAAUCUCCCUUCUGGCUCCAAGCAGCAGUCUUAAUAUAUAUACAUUAAUAAUAUAUAUUAUUAUAGUGGCGGAGCCACAUAUACAAUGCAUGGGGCCUUGCCCCCCUCCAAUUUUUAUUUUUGUUUCUUUAUAUUAAUAUUAUAAGAUUUUAUUUUAUUUUUUGUUGCCAAUUGCCCCCUUGUUUGGUUGGAUGUAGUUUAGUUGUA